AGCAGAAGAAAACUCAUCUUGCAAGAUGGCUAUUACCGAGAUCAUAAAAUUUGGUGCUGGCUCAUGUAUAACAGUUGACGACACAAUCCAGAAAUCAGUCAAGGCCCUCAAAGGAGUAAAAUCACCCCAACACUUCGUCCUUGGCACACAGAUUCAAGAUAAGGAAGCCGUUCAGAUCACGUCAGAGUGGGAUGGUAUCCAGGACUACGCAAACUUUGCAGCAACUCCGGAAUUCACGUCCUUUUUGAAGUCUGUGAGCAGUACCUAUGGCGAGCCAUACAGCAUUUUCCACGUCGCGCUCGACCGGUCGGCAUUUGGGGCAGAUGGGCCCGCUACAGCGAACGUGGUCGAAUAUGUACAGACGUACUUCCCCGCUUCUCGCGUGACGCCGGAGUUCCAGAAACAAGUCGAAGCGGAUUUUGCACGGUUUGAUGAGAUCUAUCGUAAGGGCGCGACGGGAGGGGAGAGUUGGGGGUUUGGUUGGGUGCUGGAAGAGCAAGAGCAUGAAGACAUCAAGGAUGAGAAGGCCAAGUGUUUUUUCGUUACCAGGGGAUGGGACAGUAUGGAUCUUUUCGAGCAAUCGGUGCAGAAUGAUGCGUAUAAGCAGGCUAUACCGUUACUGUUCGCAUGGAACGCGCCAUUCAAAUUGUGGCAUGUCGAACGCAAAGUCCUGGACGAUUUCGAGGCUGUAGCAUGAUCGUGGAUGGUUCUUUCGCUGGGCCGAUCAAGAAAUUUUGAUGCUACACCCACGUUGAUCGUCAUUUCGAAGUAGUGGCAGCGUAUAUCAGCGGCUUUUCUCGAAGGCAUUCCAAGCUACAAAAGAAGAGUUCCCAUUUGAGCCGUUCUGGGUACAGCAGCGAUGGUUGAUAGAAGAAAAGAUGAAUCUUCCUUUUCUAGGCCAAGAGAGCAGAUCCAUCUUCCGAAUGACAAUGGCUUC